AUGUCUGCGCCUGCUGGCCACUUUUUUCCUUCGCCCGUCGGCGGCGCGCCAUUCAACUUCGACUUCGCGCCGUCCGUCGUGCUCGCCGUCUUGUACGGCACCCUUGCGCCGCUCAUCAUAUACCGCGCCGCCUCGCCCAAGUCGCGCAACGUCUUCCUCAUCGGAUGCGUCAUCUUCGGGCUUGAGAGGACGGUGGACUUCGCGGUGCGCGCGCUCGAGGCGCGCAACCCGAGCGACCGCGUGAACCACGAGAUCGUGACGUACAUGCAGACGACGUACGCCGGGGGCUUCAUCUCGAUGGGCCAGACGCUGCUCGGGCUCACGCGCGUCAUGCUCGUGCACGCGGCGCGCGAACACGCCGCGAGCGCGUCCGACCCGUUCGCGAGCGCGGACCGCGACGCGGAGGGGCGGCCGCUCACCGCGGAACCCGGCGAGGCGUUCGAGCUCAAGAAGCCCGCGGAGGCGGAGGCGGACCCGCGCACCGCGCGCCGCGUGCGCGUCAUCAUGGGCGUGACCUUCGCCGCGGAGCUCACGUACUGGACGGCGUUCGCGUUCGGCAUCAUCUCGGGCACUUUCUACUUCCAGGCGAUCACGGACCCCGCGAAGGCGCAACUCGUGCAGACGCUGCGGUACCUGGGGUCGGGGACCGCGCUGUGCCUCCUGCAGUUCACCAUCGUGCUCGCGCUGAUCGCGUGGAUGCGCUAUCCCCGCAUUCCGCGCACGCAUGUGCUCUUCAUCUGCUUCAACGCCGCUCUGCUGUCCACGGUUGCGGUGUACCGACUUGUGGUCAUGCGUUUCCAGACGGACGCUUUGGAUUCCACCGCCCCCGGCUCAUUGAAUGACUCCGGCUCGAAGGCGACAUUCUACAUCUUUCACGUAGUCCCAGAGAUGCUGUCGGUGGUGCUCAUCUUCGGCUUCAAUGUCAGGGAGAUGUUCGAAACAGGCCCCUUCGGUCGUGGACGGUAG